AUGACCGGCAUGGUUCAGACUGACCUAGCUCAUCCAACUGCGUCAAAAUACAAAGACGAUCCUGUUGACGAUCCCCUCCGACACCCAGCUGCACAUCACGGUCCACAACACCCUCAACUUCAACUCCCGAGAACAGCCAACCUUGUUCAGCAUCACAAACAGCCUGGUUCUCCACAUCAGCCGAGUACCAGUAUUCCGCCAGGGUCAUACACGCCCCACGCUCUGGGAAACGGUAUUCUUCAUCAGCCGCAUCAAUACGGACCACCUUCGCAGGAGCCAUCUUACUACUCGUCUCAUUCAUCAUAUAGCACGACGAGCGCAUCGGGCCAAUACCCAUCAAGUGGUCCACCGGAAAUGAUGGCGACAACCACACAGAUGCAGAGGCCUUAUCCUCCAAUCUACCACACACCACAGUCUAGUUCUCCUGCAUCGGUAGCUUCUCAAUCUCACGAGCACAGCCGAGGCCUUUACACCCAGUCCCCCCAAGUACCGCACCAGAUGUAUCCAUAUCAGUCAUAUCAGCCGAUCAACCCGGUCCAGCCUUCACCCUACACCACGCACACCUCUCCUCAGCAACAUCCGAUUACCUCGCAGCCGUUGAUGCUGGCCCACCAGACCAGCAGUGCGCAAAUCCCGCACCAGACUGCUCAGGCACCAACAAGCGCCAUGACCAGCCCGAGUACCGCCACGACACAGCAGCACACUCCUCCACAGAGGGCCGUUCUAAACCCACCGCUCCCUGCGUCAACCGGUGGCCCUCUUUCUGCGGGUAAUAUCCAUCAUCAGAAUUCGAACGUUGGGGCAAGUUCCAGUGCCGCACCGGGCCCGAUACCAGCGACCACCCCUCUUGUGGUACGGCAGGAUAGCAACGGAGUCCAGUGGAUUGCCUUUGAGUACUCUCGUGAUCGCGUAAAAAUGGAGUAUACCAUCCGUUGUGACGUUGAGUCUGUUAACGUGGAUAACCUCAGCCAAGAGUUCAAGACAGAAAACUGCGUCUACCCUCGAGCCUGUUGCAGCAAAGAUCAGUAUAGGGGUAACCGCUUGGUCUACGAGACCGAGUGCAAUGCUGUCGGCUGGGCCCUGGCUGAGCUCAACCCUGCACUGAGAGGCAAACGCGGGCUGAUUCAACGAGCCGUUGAUAGCUGGCGCAACAGCAACCAAGACCCUAGACUUCGAAGCAGACGCGUGAGGAGGAUGGCCAAGAUUAACAGACGGCAAGGCAUUCCACCACCUCCGCCGAGUCAUAUGGCCACUGGACCGCCCGUUGGGCCCGCAAUUCCCGGGCCGCCUAGCAUGGCGGCGCCCGCUCCUCGCCCUCCUCCGCUGGGACCUCUGGCCAUGGGUCCCCCGCAACUACACCAUCAUCACGCGCAGCCCGAAGGAACUCCAGGCAAUGAGGAAGUUAGCGGCACCACUGACUUCACGAACGGCGGCACUCGCCCAGGUGGACCGGAAGUCCAUCCGUCAGCGGGACAUUCACCAACCGACAUUCGCAGCGCACAGGUGUUCCACGGCUACCCUGCAUUCCCUCCCCCUGUGGAUGUCUCGAGAGGCCCUUCGAUCCCACCCCUCAUCCGGGACAGCGGAAUCACAACCCUUGGCCGGCAUCCAACAAUCGCAACAUCGAGCAAGCUUGGCCAGCUAGACGAGAAUGACGAUGACGAGGAACAUGAUCCCAGCAACGACGCCCUCUUUGGGACGUUCCCUGAGGGCAAGCGCCGCAAAUUCAUACUGGUGGACGAUACUCAGCGAGGAUGUCGCGUUCGGGUUAAAGUCAUGCUUGAUCAAGUCGAUAUGGAUGAGAUCCCUGAUUCAUAUCGGAACUCCAACGCAGUCUACCCCCGAACCUACUUCCCCGUGCAGAUGAAGAACCCUCCCGGCCGCGUGGUGCCCGGGAGAAGGUACAUCAAGGACGACCCCGAGGCCGAGGACGACGAGGAGAGUGCGACGGUGGGACGGGUCCUUGUGCCAACGCCUCAGAUCGACGGAGAGAGUGACAUUGCCGUGCCCAAACUAUCGCGGAGUCGCCACCAGAAGGAAGUGUUGUUGAAUGACUUGGGGUAUCGGAUGAGCUGGAGCCAAAGUCGGGUGUUUGCAGGGAGGAUGCUGUUCCUCCAGCGAUCUCUUGACGCGUAUCGCAAUAAAAUGCGCAGCACGAUGCUGGCGACGGGCCAGGAACAAUCGUCCAUCCCGCGACACUUCGAGACACGAGCCGGGAAACGACGAUUCCUAGAGCGGCCAAGACGGGCGGCAGCUGUUUCGGGGCGGGGCAGCGGGGCGCAUCGGCUCUCUGCAUCGCAGCGUAGCGCCGAAGAAGUUGAAGCUUGA